AUGACCUUCAGCCUGGUGACCUUCAGCCUGGUGACCUUCAGCCAGGAUAGAUUCUCCAAUCCGUACGGCUUGCAGACUUUCACAAACACAAAGACCCACACGGUGUACCAAAGACCCGCGUUCAUCAGCAGGAAAAGCGGCGACCAAAGCGUUGAGAUGAGCUGCCGGCACAGCAUAACCAACUACGAUGUCUUCCUCUGGUACAAACAAGGCCGACACGGCGUCCUCCAGCACCUGGGCUACCUGGAUCAGAUGUUUCCAAAGCCCGAGGAGAACCUGGAAGGGAAAAUCCACAUCAGUGGAGACGGCCGCCAAUAUUCCAACCUGUCCAUCUCUCAUUUGGUAUUGGAAGACAGUGGCGUGUACUACUGCGUGUCGCCCACGGUGCUGUCGAACCAAACCUGGAGUGUCCAGUUUCAGCUUUCUGCACCCAAACUGGUCCCCAAAGCUUCACGGGUGGAUCUUCACUGCAGUCACGAUGAUGGCAGCCAGGACAUCAUGCUGUGGUACCACCAAGGCAAAGGCAGCCGCCUCAUUGGCCUCAUCGGGUCCAGCUACAUCGGCAACAAGCCCGUCUACAGGCGGCAAGACGAUCGCUUCAAAAUAACACGAGAGGAAGUGCAAAGCGGCUCUCUCAGCAUUCUCAGAGUCAAACUGUCAGACGCAGGUGUGUACUUCUGCGGAACUAGCACACAGCCCACUGCCGCUUCAGAGGUUCACUUUGACAGAGGAACAAAGCUAAAAGUGCUGGAACCGGGCCAUCUUGUCAAGCCGCCUGCGGUCACCUUGCUACCACCUUCUCCCGAGGAGUGUCCCAACCGGCCGGACGAGGAAAAGAGGAAGAAGACGCUAGUGUGCGCGGUCACCGGCUUCUUCCCGGACCAGGUGGUCGUCUCCUGGCAGGUGGAUGGCAGCCCCGUCACAGACGGCGUGGCGACGGACGGCGACGCCCUGCAGGACGGAACCUUCUACAAGAUGAGCAGCAGGCUGAGGGUGGAGGCGGACGCGUGGUUCACGCCCGGCAGGACCUUCACCUGCAUCGGCAGCUUCUUUAACGGGAACCGGACCAGCUUUCAUUCGGAUAGUGUUUACGGCACUGAAGACACGGUGACAAGAGAGGAAUACUUGAGAACGUCUCAGAGAGCCAAGCUGUCCUACACCGUCCUGCUGGUCAAGAGCAGCAUCUACACAGCUUUUGUUGUCCUCCUGUUGUGGAAGCCCCAGGGUUGGACCACGACAAAGCAGAGUACUUCCCAGCUGACCCCAGGCCGCCAUAAUGGAGGUCCGUGUGUCUGAUACAGAGCCUUAAAAUAGCGGUUUCAAAC